CUUCAACUUCACCAUCACGACUCGUGUGAGACGUGCGCCUUGCUUGCCUUGCCUGCCUCGAGAGAUCGCUCCGAAAAUCUGAAUACUCCGGAAGCGCACAAGGACCAACAACUAUGUCUAGCUAUCUGAAAGUCUUUGUGGUAUCGCCAGAUACCCGGUCGGAGAGGCGCUUCGAUCCACAUACAACGAUUGAGCAGCUGAAGGGAAAACUCGAGCUCAUCACUGGCAUACCCGUACAAAAUCAAGCACUCUUCCUCUUGAACACCGUGGAUGACGAGCAGCCCAUCGCGGACUUGUCCGACGACUCGCGACCACUAGGAUACUAUGGCGUCAAAGACUAUCAGGCGAUCAAGGUCACUGACCUCAACCCAGCGACGUCGUUCACGGGCCAGCUUACGGACACCUCGAACGUUGACAAGUUCGAACUCACGGAGGAAGAGUAUGCCAAGAGAAAUGACACUGUCAUGGCCUACAAGCAGCGCAUGAAGAUGGGCCGCUUUGCUGAGAAGGCAGAAAGUGCUGCAGCGGAGAAGAAGGAAGUCAACAUUCCUGUGGGAUCUAGGUGCGAAAUAGAGACCAACGAGCCUGGUCUUCACAAGCGCGGCACUGUGCGCUUUGUUGGAGAAACCAAGUUCGGUUCUGGAGGCGUUUGGGUCGGUGUCGAGUACGACGAACCCAUGGGCAAGAACGACGGAUCCGUGCAAGGCGAGCGAUACUUUACUUGCGCGCCCAAGUACGGCGUAUUCGUGCGCCCGGAAAAGGUGAAAGUUGGGGAUUUCCCGCCAGAGGAAUUGAAUGUGGACGACGAUGAAGAGAUGUAGUUGGUCGUAGGGCUUGUUGCUCACGCAGGGGCCCCGCCGAGGUACGAGGCAGGGGAAGCGUGAGCAAUCGUGACUUCGUGAUGGCUGCCGUAGAGUUGCCGUGUAAACAAGUACAAAUCUUUUUCCGGGUAUUACUCGAAAAGAGCUCCGCGAGCUCUGGCGCGCGCAGCGCGCACCUCUCUUCUCG